AUGUCUAGCGAAUAUCAUCUCUACAGUAGCCGCCCAGCCUGGUGCUCGCCGUGUACCAUCCAAGUUUUCAUCACAGUCUCGACCCCCGAUCUAGACAGAGACUUUCAAUGGACACUCUCCGCUUACGAUACAGUUACUCAUCUCUGGCAAAACUUCGAAGUUAUUCGAGCUCACCGCGGCAACUUUUGCAGGAUAUAUCGGCAUUCAAAUAACCCACGUAUGCUUCCGUCCUAUGUUGCCUGGGGAAAACUUUGUACAGUAAACCCAGAGUGGUUUGAGAGUCUCGUGAACAUGACUUGUAUCUCGCCGUUCUGGAGCCUGGCAGAGGGUGAGAUGCGUAAUGAUAGUAAGGAUUUCGUAUAUGGGAUUUUAGAUAUCCUAAAGGCACACGAGGUUAUUGACGAGACGAGAAUCGUCGGAGUGAAGAGGAGGCUGAGCCGAUAUAUCGGGCCUUUCGGUGUUUGA